AUGGCAUCCCAAACUCAGGGACCAGAUGCUAUAGAUGGAAAGAGCUCAGCUGCGCGCUUGCUUCUAAGAGCUAAAGAGCGUGCAUCGCUUCAACAGACGUAUAGCUCGGACCCGAAAUACAAGAAAUACGCGCAGCAGGUUGAGAAAUGUCUGGCGUCGUUUGAUAGUGUACAUGAAUGGGCGGACUUCAUCGCCUUCUUGAAGCAGUUGCUCAAGACGCUCCAAGCAUACCUGCAGUUCAAGGAGAUCCCACGGAAGUUGAUAGUGGCAAAACGUUUGGCGCAAUGCUUGAAUCCAGCCCUGCCGACCGGCGUGCAUCAGAGAGCGCUGGACGUAUACUCGCACAUAUUCGGCAUCAUCGGUUCUGAGGGUUUACGUCGAGAUCUGUUCCUAUGGACUUCCGGCCUGUUUCCAUUCUUCGAGUACGCCGCAACCUCGGUCAAGCCUGCAUUGCUUCAGGUAUACGACGCCUACCUGCUACCAUUGCAGAGUAGCCUACGACCAGUCAUGAAAGCAUUCAUCAUAUCUCUGCUGCCUGGUUUAGAGGAAGAGACCGGAGAGUUCUUUGACCAGGUUCUGGCCCUGCUUGACCGACUAUCCGGCACCAUCUCUCCCUCCUUCUUUUUGCAGAACGUCUGGCUGGUCAUGCUCACAUCUCCACCCGCUCGUGGCACCGCGUUGAACUUCCUCUCUCGUCGACUCCCGAAACUGAAUCCUGAAGAAGAUAUCACGCACAUCGUCGGCGAGGACAUUGGACUUAUGAUUCGUGCUUUCGCUGCUGCAUUAGAGGAUGAGAAUCUACUCGUACGACGCGGUGCUCUGGAGCUGCUGCUCACCACGCUGCGCUUGGACAGUGCUGCGGUUCGUGAUGCUUCUGCUGAGGAUCGGACAAUCUUGAUGCGUGCUGCCACCAGCGUUGUGAUGCGGCGAGACUUGUCUCUCAAUCGUCGACUAUACAGCUGGUUACUGGGUCCCGGUGAGGUUGCGGAGCAGCAAACGGAGUAUCUCCGUACUCAUGGACUCGGCUUGCUCAGCUCUACAUUGCGCAACGAGAUGAACGCCCCUUCGUCUGAAUACUCCCAAUCUCGACCGUAUAAGAUCUUUAUCUCGUUAUUGGACAAAUGGGAGAUUGGUGGACCUCUUACGGAUGUGCUGGUCCUCGACGCCUUCCAGUCUCUCAAGACGUCCAUUUAUAAUGAUAGCGACGCGAAGGAGGAGCUCUCGCUGACCGCUAGUACCCUCUAUGAAGCAGUCGAACCGCAGGUUGUCUGGAAACAUCUGCUGGCAGGCAUCGUAAAAGAAGCAAUUGUAGACGAUGCAGGCUCUCGGAUCAUUCGACUGGCGCGUUGGUCGCUCACAUCGACAUUCGUGCGAGACGCGGAAGUCCAAAGCGCGCAUCUGCCCUUGGUCUUUUCUGCUGUCGUUGAAGUCCUUCGGGAUCAAGUAGUAUCAGACCCUGCAGUCAUGACACGCUCUUCAGUUCAAGAGCUCAUGCCACUCCUCUCUAUCAUCGCUGAGCGGUCUACGGUGGCGGCUCUCGCUACCGGCCUUGAAUUGCCAGCGCGUAAUGAGAGUGUGGGUUUAGGGCCAUACUCGGCUGCCUGCAUAUUUUAUGGUUUGGAGCUGGGUUGUAGUUUGAAGGAGUCCCAUGCACGAUCGAACGUGCCUGCUGCUACGAUUUUGGAGGACCUCUCCACCAUCGCGUCGACCUCUGCUCAGACUUCAGCACGACCUGGGCGCCCAAUCGCGGUGAGGGCUCUCACUCUCAUGCUCGAUCUUCUGCAGUCCUUCGCCAGUCAAAAGAUCGCACUCAGCGCCAAACUCGAAUGGAACGCGGACGAAUGGCUAGCAAGUAUGCUUUCGGCAGUCGAAAGUGAUCACGCAACGUUCGUUGAGAUAGACCGGAUCGUAUCACUUGUGAUUGCGAUGCAAGAAACUCCAGGUUUCACCCCAACGAUAUCCCUGCGACCGCGCCAUACGGUCUUCCGACUAGUGAAUCUACUUUUGAGAUAUCUCCGACCGGAUUACUCGGCAUACCACCAGCGCUGUGUCAGUCUAAUCUGGGCCCUGGAUACGUGUACGAAAGGACGCCACAUCGAAUCUAUCAUCGCCCAGGCUCUCACAUCUCCGGAGUCGAGGAGCAAUGAUGGGGCUUACGAGGCAUUUGGGAUCUUCUGGAGGCUUACGGAGGACGAACUAUUACCGGGUUUCCGCUUCAAGGUACCGCUUAUGAUCGUCCUCGACACACUCAAGAGUGACGAUCCCAACUUGCGCCGGAUCGGCGAAACAUGGAUGCGCUGUAGCUUGAAAUCCUAUUUACGCGUAUUGGAUCCCCUUCUCUACGAUCUCCUAGACCCUGCAUUACAUCGGCUUCCCUCCGUCACGAAGGUCAACGGCAAGGAGCUUCAAGACUUUGAGUACGAGCGCCCAAUCGACCAAUCGUAUCUCAAGUAUGUCCUGGAGACGUUGCUAUCUGUGGUUCGCUUCGGAGGGCAAGGGUUUGGCAAGACAGCACGCACGACGCCCGUGCGCAAAGGCCACCACCCGGGCGUUUCUGAGCGUGUCGAAGCUGCCGGUCUUGGUCAGGAUGCCACCUAUCAAGACGUCCUUGUUGAUGUUUUGACACGCUUCCUGCAAUCCGAAUGCAAAUCGAAGCGGGUGAAAACUAUGGCUCCCGGCAACCUCGUUCUACAAGCGACCGCCGUUGAUCUCCUCCAGGCCCUCGUCAGUCGCGGAGAAGUGGAUGUUAUCGCGCUCGAAGUGUUAGAGGCGGCCGUCGUUGGUAAACUUUAUGUCUGCGCGCAUACACAACGCCUCGAGCUCCAGAACAAGCUUCUCCACCUUCUCCACUCGGUCAUCUCCGCUGCACAUACCGCACACCAUUCACGCCACCGAGCAGCUCCUUCUGUGUCUAGCAUUCCUUCCGGACAUGACCCGACGACGGAAGCCCAGUCCGCCUACUCUGUCAACCCGCUACUUGUGCAGACUCUCAUCGACGGCGUCAGUCUGGUCUCGAACCGUCCGACCUUGCAGCACUGGCUCGACUUCAUCCUCAUGACCGUACCCCAGUUCCCGCAAUCCAUGCAGUCCGCACUUGCGCCGCUAAGCGACUGCGUGGGGCGACAACUUACCGCAUGCAUGGAAGAGAUGCGGUCCGCUGCUAGCGUGGAUGCAGACAUGCAGGGAGACGUGCGCUCAAGCACAACAGACGCCGACUUCCUCAUGCUUCUCAACGCACUGGAGAGGUUGAUACUUCUCAACCUUCAGAAUCCCGAUCCGGGUCCCACCGAUGAAGAGGAAGUGGGUCCUCAGAAGCCUGCCGGCGUCGAAGGAAGCAGUGGUAUUCUGGGCAUCAUGACUAAUGUCUUUGCUUCGGACUCUCCACCGAGCGCCGUGGAUGAACAACUGACGACACGCUCUCCCGGGUACCGUGCUCUGAACGAUGGCAUCCGCGUUCUUUUCAACCUAUGGACGACGCUCAACUGGACCGAAUCCGGCGCCUGGACACCACGAAACGAGUCUCUGUCCAUGAUCUUCAAUAAGACGCGGUCACGGUGCCGACGAGCAUUCGAGCACCUCUUCCGACUGCAUUCGGCUGAGGUCCUCGAAUGUGUCAUCGAGUGUUGGAGUCGAGAUACACCUGCCCCGUCUUCGACAACGUUCCAACUCGUGGACGUCCUGACGUCCAGUGCGCAGAACCUUGUGCAUAUGCUCUGCGAGAGCGUUGCAUGUCGCACGCCCGGGCUGGCCGAUAAGCACCGAAGGGGAGCCGUCAACCCCAAUCUGUCGGAUGCGACGUUAUUCCUGUUCUUGGAGCAGUACUUACAGCAACUCGAGGGACCUCUCGCGCUGCAAGUAUGGGGUCGUUUCCUGCAACUAGCGAAGGAUAUACUCGCGAACGUGAAGGACUCGCGAUCGCAGAUCUUCCCGACCUUGCGAUGCUUCUCUGUGCUGGCCAGUAAGCUCACACGGACGACCGCCAUCGAGGAUCGACGGCUUCGCAAGGACCUUCAAGAUGUCUACGCCAAGCUCCUUGAUGCUGUGCUGCUCUCUGUGAACCGUAACGCUGACUCAUCGUUCUGGUCACGGAGAGGGUUGAAGGAUGGGGCUAUCACUGGACGAGACUCGCCUGCGCCGAGGUCGCUGGCAGAGACGAGGCUAGAUAACGAGAAGAAUGCGAGCACGACGUCUUUGCUAUCGCCAGCGUCGUCAGACUCGUCGGAGACGAUCAUCCAGUUCAUGUCGAGCGACGCAUUGCCACAUCUGCGGCAGUACCUUCUCGACAACGACAAGAUCUUAGUCGCCUGUACCAACAUCAUGUACUACAUCGUCUCUCCCGCGAUCAAGGGCAAGACCAGAGCUCUGGACGUGGACGUCUCCGUAUUACAGAUCAUUAAGGAGAUGAGCCAGCUCUCCUCGGCGCUCAAGGUCUGGCGAGGCGUCGUCUCUGAGAUCGUCUCCGAUACCCGCUUCUUCAGCUGCUCUCCCGAAUCCGAGGCGCCCUUCCGCCCAAUCGUCCAGGCAUGGCUCAGAGCCGACAAGUCCGCCUUCCCUGAGGUUACGGGAAAGAUCACGACGGUCUCUUCGACAAACAUCUUCACCAACCGGGAGUACGAGAACAUGCUGCGUUCAGUGUCCAUCCGGAGAAUGUCGUACCUGCUGCUAUGUGGCGAGAAGAACGAGUUCUUGACGUCGUUGCCGAACGUGCAGGAGAAGCUCGUCGAUAUCUUCAAGAAUGUGACUGCACCGACGGUGCUGGCGGAAGUGUUCUUGUGCAUGAGGGUGUUGCUUUGUCGGUUGAGUCCGAGGAACUUGACGAGCUUCUGGCCAGUCAUCAUGUCGGAGACGUAUCGUCUGCUCCUCCAGACGACGUCCGACUUGCCGAUGGAUGGCUCAGAGGGCUUGCCGUUAUUACUCUCCGUCAGCAAGUUCCUGGACCUGCUGCUCGUUCUACAGACGGAAGAGUUCCAGGUCCACGAAUGGGCUUUCAUCACCGACACUGUCGACGCCGUCUACCACCCUGACGACUGGCUUCCCGAGGCUCUCCUCGACCAACUCGCCGAGAUCGCAGGCCAGCUCCCCGCAGCAGAGAUCCAGCCUCCAAGCACCGGCACUGCGCUACACUUCCCCAUCGCCACACCAAGCGUCGGCUACAGACCCUUGCGCCGGCCGAUGCUGACGAACGUCAAGACUAUCGACUCGGUUAGGGAUCUGGUGUCGUUCUUCUCGAGCGCAAGUAUUGCGAGUUACGAGAGCGUCUAUGCCAGUGGUGGGAAUGUUGAUUGGGCAGAGGUUGAGAGGGGCUUGAAUUUAGAUGUUUUCGACGGUCGUUAG